AUGGGAUAUUUACUAAACGAAGGCUCAAAAGAAGGAGAAUUUUCUAAAAACUAAUUUCCAAUAUUAUGGGGUGAUGAAAUUGAAGGUCAUAUAAUAAAGAUAAACCCUUAAACAAAACAGACUCACAUUCAAAUAGAAAAUUUUUCAAUAUUUUAAAAGAUCAACGAAAGCAACGAAGAAGAAACAGAAUUCCAUCUUUUACCUGAGUAUGGCGCUUGGAUGAUAGAAACAACUCCAAAAGAUCCUUAUUUUUCAAAAGGAAAUUGUGACCGCACAGUUGAAAAUAUGCGUUAAAGAACGAAAAUAUUAUAAUUAAAUUUAUAAGAAAAUGAGCAUUUAUUGUAUUCUCCUAUUGUUCCUUUUAUUGGAACUAACGAUUUUUUCGAUAAGAAAAACGAAAAAAGUCAUAUGAACGAUAUUACAUAAUCUUUAUUUAUAGAUGAUCGAAUUAUAAAUUAACAUCCAAGAUUUAUUACAUUAACAUAAAAUAUACGUUAACGUAGAAAAGAAAAAGUAUAAAUCAAGGUUCCUAUAUUUCCUGAUAUAAACACUUCUCUUGAUAUUUCUAGCUAAGAAGAACCCUUUCCUGGAUUUAUUUAUAUGGAUGCUAUGGCAUUUGGAAUGGGUUCAUCAUGUCUCUAAACAACCUUUAGUGCUAAAAAUUUAUCUCAUGCUCGUGUUUUAUAUGAUUAACUUGCAAUUAUAUCUCCUCUCUUUUUAGCCUUAACAGCCGGAUCACCUAUCUUUAAAGGCAAACUUGCAAAUGUAGACACUAGAUGGGAUAUAAUAGCUGCUUCUGUGGAUUGUAGAACUCCAGAAGAAAGAGAUAAGUAAUCAAAAAGUUAUAUACCAAAAAGCAGAUAUGGAUCCAUAUCUUUAUUUAUAAGUGAAGAAUAAAGAAACCUUUAAAUAUACAAUGAUUUAAACUUUCCUUUAAAUUAAUAAAUAAUGGAUUUUACAAAAUAAAAAGCCGAAGAAAUGUAAAUAUAAAUAGACCAAAGGAUGCUUUAACAUAUCGGAUUUUUAUUUAUCAGAGAUCCUCUUGUUGUUUUUGAAUAAAAAAUAGAAUAAGAUAAUUCUAAAUCAACGAGUCAUUUUGAAAGUAUACAAUCUACUAAUUGGAAUUCAGUUAGAAUAAAACCUCCUCCAGCAAUGGAUAGUAAAAUAGGAUGGAGAGUUGAAUUUAGAACAAUGGAAUGCUAAAUAACUGAUGAUGAAAAUGCAGCUUUUGCUUUAUUAAGUUCUAUUUUUGUUAGAUUAUUUUACCAAAACAAUCAAAUUAACUUUUAUAUGCCGAUUUCUAAAGUUGAUGAAAACUUUGAAAGAGCUAAAUUGCCUAAUGCCAUUAUAAAUUAAAAAUUUUGGUUUAGGACUAAUGUUUUUGAUGAUGGAGAACCUUUACUUUAGGAACUUUAUUUAAGGGAAAUCUUUUUUGGAAAAGAUGAUGUUUUCGAAGGUCUUUUCUUUAUUUCAGAAAGCAUAUGGGAAGAUUUCUUGAGCAAAGCCUAUAAAUAAAGUCAUUAGUAAUAUAAUAAAAAGUCCGCUUUUUAUAAAGUGUGGGACUUUGUAAAAGAAAAGACUUUUGGAAAAAGAAAAACACUAUCAAGUUGGAUUAGAGAUUUUGUAUAGAAUCAUCCUGCAUAUUAAAAAGAUAGUAUUAUUAAUUAGGAUGUCAAUUUUGACUUAGUUAAUACUAUUGUAGGAAUAACUUCUGGAAAUAUUAAAGAUGACUGCUUCAAACCUAUUUUUUGA